CUUUUAUUUUUAUUUUGUUGAGUGUCCGCGUCCUGCGGUGUGUCUGUGUGAUGUGUGUGUCUAGAACUCGUGCAUCCCUCUUGAAUGAACUCCUCUCGUCUUCCUUUAGUAGGAUUAAGAAUUUGCUCUGAGUUUUUUUUUUCUCCCGUCUCCCACCCCCUCUAAUUUUUUAUGCAUUUUUCUAAACUGUCAUGGCGUUUUUGUGUCCUUGGAAAUAAAUGCGGUUAGAAGCGCGGGGUUGGCAAACUGAUGUCCUGACCGGUGAGCGCUGCUCAGAUGCAGCAGAUUUCUAGGAAAAAAUGAGAAUUCAAAAGAAGGACAAGCAGAUGUCCGGCACCCACUCGAUAAAGCACAGCAGCCCAACAGCAGCAGCCUCCUCCGCCGCCUCCUCUACUGCCACUGACCAAAACGCACAAAUCACGUUUCCCGUGGGCCCGAACGGCAAAGAGACCAUCCGCGUCCUCGGCGGGACGACCAAUCACUGCAUGGCCCACACCAAGCACUCGCACGGGACCUGGGAGGGGGGCUCCUCGGGGACUGGUGGCGGUGGCGGAGGAGGAGGGCGCGGCGGGGGCCUCAACGCGGCACGCCCGCCAGCGUCGCCCACCGGCAACAGCGAGGAGGACGAUGGAGGGGGCGGGCAGGCUGGCGGCGGUGGUGGUGGCGGAGGGGGCGGCGCACGCGUGAAGAAGAAACGGAAGAAAAAAGAUAAGAAGGAGCCGCACGCCGCAACCACGUCAGCCGGCGCCACCACCACCACGUGGCAGAAGUCGGCAGCAGCAACAUCAGCAACGGGACGGGAACGGGAACGGGAACGAGACGGCGAAUCCAAACCAAAGAAACGGAAGGAGCUGAAGGAGAUCCUGCCGCGCAAGUCGAAAGCACCCAAGGAGGACAAGGUCAAAGAGGUCAAAGAGGUCAAGGAGUCCAAGAAGUCCGCCAAGGAGCAGAAGUCACCAAAGGAGCCUAAGAAAGGCAGGAAAGGUCGCGAGGCCAAGCCCAAACCUGCUGCUGUCGCCAUCGCAGUCGCAGCUGCAGCCGCCCCCGUGGACUGCAAGGCCACAUCGUCCCCUCCCAGACAAAGAGGCAGGAAGCCCAAAGAGCAGGGAGCGGUCCCGCCGGAGAAGAAGAAGAAGGGCAAGAGGAAAGUCGAGGUCCAGCAGGAGGCGCAGGAGAGUGACGACGCCUCCUCCCUGACGGCCGUGGCCGUGGCCAGCGAGGAGAGCAGCGACCCCCUCGACAGCACCAAGCGUCGGUCGGGGCGGCAGGUGAAGCGGCGGAAGUACAACGAGGACCUGGACUUCAAGGUGGUUGACGACGACGGGGAGACCAUCGCGGUGCUGGGAGCCGGACGCAUGGGGGCCCUGAACGCCUCCACGCUCGCCUGGCAAGCAGAGGAGCCUCCAGAGGAUGAGGCCAACAUCAUUGAGAAGAUCCUCUCUGUGAGGACCGCCAAGAAGGAGGAGGAGACGGAGGAGUCAGGGGACCCACCUGAGGAGUCGGAGGAAUUCUAUGUCAAGUACAGAAAUUUCUCUUACCUUCACUGCAAAUGGGCGACGCUGGAGGAACUGGAAAAGGACCCGCGCAUCCACCAGAAAAUCAAGCGCUUCAGGACCAAGCAGGCGCAGAUGAAGCACAUCUUCAGCGAGCCGGAUGAGGACCUGUUUAAUCCAGACUACAUCGAGGUGGACCGCGUGCUGGAGGUGGCCAUCACCACGGAUACGGAAACUGGAGAGGAGGUGACUCACUACCUGGUGAAGUGGUGCUCUCUGUCCUAUGAGGAAGCCACAUGGGAGCUGCAGGAGGACGUCGACCCCGGGAAGAUCCGCGAGUUUGAGGAGCUGAAGAAAAUUCCGGAUAUGAAAUAUGUGGAGAGGCCGCAGCCUGAUAGGUGGCAGAAGCUGGAGAAGUCACAUGACUACAGGAACGGCAACCAACUGAGGGAGUACCAGCUGGAGGGCAUGAACUGGCUACUAUUCAACUGGUACAACAGGAAAAACUGCAUCCUGGCGGACGAGAUGGGCCUGGGCAAGACCAUCCAGUCCAUCACCUUCCUGUACGAGAUCUUCAGCAUGGGCAUCCGCGGGCCCUUCCUCAUCAUCGCGCCGCUCUCCACCAUCACCAACUGGGAGCGCGAGUUCCGCACCUGGACGGAGAUCAACGUGAUCGUGUACCACGGCAGCCAGAUCAGCCGGCAGAUGAUCCUGCAGUACGAGAUGUACCACCGCGACGAACAUGGGAACCCUGUGAAUGGUAAUUUCAAGUUCCACGGUGUGAUCACGACGUUCGAGAUGAUCAUGGCCGACUGUCCGGAGCUGAAGAAGAUACACUGGCGCUGCGUGGUGAUCGACGAGGCCCACCGGCUGAAAAACCGCAACUGCAAACUCCUGGAGGGGCUCAAGCUCAUGAAUCUGGAGCACAAGGUGCUGUUGACUGGCACGCCACUCCAGAACUCUGUGGAGGAACUCUUCAGCCUGCUCAACUUCCUGGAGCCACUUCAGUUCCCCUCCGAGACCACCUUCCUCGAGGAGUUCGGGGACCUGAAAACAGAGGAGCAGGUGAAGAAGCUGCAGGCCAUCCUGAAGCCCAUGAUGCUGCGGAGGCUGAAGGACGACGUGGAGAAGAACCUGGCGCCCAAGGAGGAGACCAUCAUCGAGGUGGAGCUGACCAACAUGCAGAAGAAGUACUACCGCGCCAUCCUGGAGAAGAACUUCACCUUCCUGGCCAAGGGCGCCAACCAGCACAACAUGCCCAACCUCAUCAACACCAUGAUGGAGCUCCGCAAGUGCUGCAACCACCCCUACCUCAUCACUGGUGCAGAAGAGAAGAUCCUGGAGAGCUUCAGGAAGCAGCACAGCCCGGACGCCCUGGACUUCCAGCUGCAGGCCAUGAUCCAGGCCUCGGGCAAGCUGGUCCUGAUCGACAAGCUGCUGCCGCGCCUCAUCGCCGGGGGACACAAGGUGCUCGUCUUCUCCCAGAUGGUGCGCUGCCUGGACAUCCUGGAGGACUACCUCAUCCAAAGGAGGUACACGUACGAGCGGAUAGACGGGCGCGUGCGAGGGAACCUGCGGCAGGCCGCCAUCGACCGCUUCUGCAAGCCGGACUCGGACCGCUUCGUCUUCCUGCUGUGCACGCGCGCCGGGGGCCUGGGCAUCAACCUCACCGCCGCCGACACCUGCAUCAUCUUCGACUCCGACUGGAACCCCCAGAAUGACCUGCAGGCACAAGCUCGCUGCCACCGGAUUGGCCAGAGCAAGGCGGUGAAGGUGUACCGUCUGAUCACGCGUAACUCGUACGAGCGGGAGAUGUUCGACAAGGCCAGCCUGAAGCUGGGGCUCGACAAGGCCGUGCUACAGGACAUCAACCGCAAGGGCAGCCUAAACGGGGUGACGCAGCUGUCCAAGUUGGAGGUGGAGGACCUGCUGCGUAAGGGGGCGUACGGAGCGCUGAUGGACGAGGAGGACGAGAGCUCCAAGUUCUGCGAGGAGGACAUCGACCAGAUCCUGCAGCGCAGAACGCACACCAUCACCAUCCAAUCAGAAGGGAAGGGAUCCACUUUCGCCAAGGCCAGUUUCGUAUCUUCUGGAAACAGAACCGACAUCUCUCUGGAUGAUCCACAGUUUUGGCAAAAAUGGGCUAAAAUUGCAGAGCUGGAAAUCGAGGAGAAGGAGAAGGAGAGCCUGGUGAUUGACACGCCGCGUGUGCGGAAGCAGACUCGUCACUACAACUCUUUUGAGGACGAUGAGCUGAUGGAAUUCUCGGAGCUGGACAGCGACUCGGAGGAGCGGCCGUGUCGCACGCGACGCCUCAACGACGGCAACCGGCGAUACCUGCGCGCAGAGUGCUUCCGUGUAGAGAAGAACCUGCUCAUAUUUGGCUGGGGCCGCUGGAAGGACAUCCUGACGCACGGGCGCUUCAAGUGGCACCUGGCGGAGCGGGACAUGGAGAUGAUGUGCCGCGCGCUGCUGGCCUACUGCGUGCGCCACUACAAGGGAGACGACAAGAUCAAGAGCUUCAUCUGGGACCUCAUCACCCCCACCAAGGACGGCCAGAACGAGGCGCUGCAGAACCACUCCGGGUUGUCUGCGCCGGUGCCGCGUGGCCGUAAAGGCAAGAAGCUGAAGAACCAGCUGGGUCUGCCGGAGCUGGGCAACACCGAUUGGCUGGUGCACUGCAACCCGGAAGUGCUGCUGCAGGACGACAGCUACAAGAAACACCUCAAGCAGCACUGCAACAAGGUGCUGCUGAGGGUCCGCAUGCUGUACUACCUGAAGGCGGAGGUGCUCGGGGAGGCGGCCAGCCAGGCGCUGGAGGGCAUCCCUGCAAGUAAGCUGGAGGUCGCGCUGCCUGACAUCGACUACAUCGAGAUCCCCGCAGGCUGGUGGGACGCCGACGCUGACAAGUCCCUCCUCAUCGGAGUCCACAAGCACGGGUACGAGCGGUACAAUGCCAUGCGUGCGGACCCCGAGCUCUGCUUCCUGGAGCGGGUGGGUAUGCCUGACGUCAUGGCCCUCACUGCCGAGCAGUCGGGAGCGGAGGUUCCAGUCGACACCAACGACAGCGUUGUGAAGAGCGAGCACGUGAAAGAUGAGGCGGAGAACAAGACGGAGGGAGGAGAGGAUAAGGAGAGCAAAGAUGACGCGAGCUCUGUAACAGACACUUCUGAGAAACAGGAGAGUGUUAUUUCAAAUGAGGCGGUUAUGGUGGUGGAGAGCUCGGAGCAGGGUGGUGGAGGCGGAGUCUGUGGAGGCGGAGUCGGAGGGUGUGGUGGGCGGCUCCUGUGGCCAGCCGGCCCCGCCCUCACGGCACGCCUACGCCGCCUCAUCACCACCUACCAACGCUACAACCGCCGCGAGCCCCUCCGACACGAGUUCCUCAUGAUGGACGGCCCCGCCCACGUACCGUGGCAACUGGGGGAGGAGCUACGCCGGUGUUCCGUGGAGCCGGACCCCCUCUUCCUGGAGUGGCAGAGGAGGUGGACGCGUCGGGAGCAGGCGGAUUUCUACCGGACCGUGUCCUCGUUUGGCGUGAUGUUCGACCCGGACAAGAAGACCUUUGACUGGACUCAGUUCCGUGCCCUCGCUCGCCUGGAGAGGAAGACAGACGAGAGCCUGGAGAGAUACUUCUACAGCUUCGUGUCCAUGUGCCGCACCGCCUGCAGACUUCCCCCACGGAAAGACGAGGGUCCGAUCGACCACGCCCUGCUGGUGGAGCCAAUCACGGAGGAGCGUGCGGCGCGCACCCUGUACCGCAUCGAGCUGCUGCGCAAGAUCCGCGAGCAGGUGCUGCGCCACCCGCUGCUGGGCCAGCGUCUGCCGCUGUGCCAGCCCAGCCUGUACCUGCCCGUGUGGUGGGAGUGCGGGAAGCACGACCGCGACCUGCUGAUCGGCGCCGCCAAGCACGGCCUGAGCCGCACGGACUACUACAUCCUCAACGACCCCCAGCUGUCCUUCCUGGAGGCCCACCGCAACUACGUGCGCAAGGAGAACCACCACCACCACCACCACGGCUACCACCCGGUGCCCCCUGGUGCCUCCGCCUCCUCCUCCAUGCAGGGCAUGUCGCCCUCGUCGGCGGCGGCGCAUCGCCAUUGUUGUUUGUUGUACGACGCAGGGCUCAGCCAUUGCCACUCGCCUCAGCCUCCCGAGUACCACACGCCCUCGCCGCAUCCCCCUCCUCCUCCCGCCCCUCCGCCGCCUCACCACCACGCGGCCCACGGACACCCCCAUCCACACAUCCACGCCCCCGUGCACCACGCGGCCAGCGAGGUGGGGGUCGGUGGAGACUCGGCCGGCUCCCUGGGUGGUGGAGGUUCCAGGGAGGGUUUCCUCGACUGCCCCCCGCUCGACGAGUCCCUGGAGCUGGCCUCCCUGCAGCACGACGGCCUGGCGACCACGACGGACUCGCUCGUUCACGGCGGCAAGCCGUGCAGCAAAGAGGCCUUCAACGGCUUCCCCUUCAACUCGGCGGCGGCCGGCCAGAGCAUGCUCAACUCCUACUCGGACGUGGGCCAGGCGGAGGGGGAGUCGCAGGGGGACGACAUGGACGCCGACUCGAUCGCGGGGAAGCUGCGCAGCGACGUGCUAGUGGGGGAGCAGGGCUCGUCGGAGGAGACGGGGCUGAUGGCGCCCUCGGUGGAGCUGGACGAGCUGCGGGAGACGGCCUGGGAGAGCUCCGAGCACGCCGCCGCCACCGCACACAUGUUCAACGAGGCCGACCCCAUCCUGGGAGCGCCCGCCCCCCUCGAGUCCGAGUUCCUGGACGCCAGCGACGACGCGCCCGUAGGAGACGACGACGGCCAGGUGGACACGGCGCUCAACGACUGCCUGAGCAUGCCCAGUUCGGACUCGCAGAGCAACCCGGUGGAGGCGCUGCCCUCCAGCUUCCUGCUCUUCAAGGAGCUGAGCGAAGGAGCCGAGCCCUCGGUGGAGCAGACGGACCUGUCGGCCAGCCCCCCGCCGCCCGACUACGCCCCCACGCCGCCCGACUACGCCCCCACGCCGCUUUCCCUGGGCGACAUGAGCCUCUCGGGCCACACGGGCCCUGAGGAGGCCGAGGAUCCCGAGGACAACAAGCUGAGCGACUCGGACGUGACGCAGCGCAGCCCCCCGAGCCCCGUGGACGUCGCUGUCGCCAUGGCUGCCACGAGUGUUCCCCCCUUCGAGUUCGACAAGGAGGAGGAGGAGGAGGAGCUGUCCGAGGACAGUCAGCGGAGUCACGGCCUGGCUGUAGUAAGAGGGGCAGGAGGAGUGGUGGACAGCCAGGGGUUCGACGAAGAAGCCUCGUUGGGUGGUCCCCCUUCCGAGGGUCCUCCGGAGGACACUCUUGUUGAGGAGUCUUCCCGACUGGCGCCCCAGAGCGAGGAGAUGACCGAGGAGGAGCAGCCGGAGCUCCGGGAGCCGAGCGAGGAGGAGGAGGAGGAGGAGGAGAACCUUGUAGAACCCUGCGAGGAACCGCCUGCCGAGGACUCCAUCCUGGGAGGGCUGACGGACACAGAAAUGGCCCCCGAGGAUGGCUGUGAGCCUGGGGAGGAGACGCCUUACGAGACGCCUUCAAAGUCGCAUUCAAAUGGCGUCCAGUCAGACGCCGCACCCUACGAGACCACCACGUCAAAGUCACCCAACGAGGUGAUGCACUCGGAAGAAGCGCACAGCGAAGGGUCGGACGCGGUGGUGGGGAGCAGUCUCGGUGGUGGUGACCCCACCUUGUCCUCCCCCGUCGGCACCCCCAUGUCCCCCCCGUCGUCACAGCGCUGCUGCGCCUCCUCGCCCCCCUCCUCCUCCUCGUUGCCGUCCCUGUCCUCCUCCGCCCCCCUGUCCUCCGCCUCUCCGGAGCCCAGCUCGGCCACCGGUGUGGUCCACAUCAAGCAGGAGAUGCUGGAGCUGGAGACGGAGCCGGAGCCCUGCGUCGCCAUGGAGAUGAAGCCGGACCCGGACGCUCUGGAGCCCAGCGUCGCCGCGGAGAUGAAGCCCGACCCGGACGCUCUGGAACCGGACAGCACCACGCUCACGCCGCGUCUGGAGCAGACCGACAUGCUGCUGGAGGCCAAGGAGGAGAUCAAGCAGGAGAGGGUCAAGACCCCAGCUUUGAUGGUGGACAGCUACGUGGAGGCCCCCCGCUACGCUCCGCCGAUGUCGGUGUGCGAUCUGCCCGACGGCCUGCAGGAGGCGCGUGAGCCCACCAUCGCCCAACUCCUGCAGGAGAAGGCCCUGUACUCCUUCUCUGGGUGGCCCAAGGACCGCGUGAUCAUCAACCGCCUGGACAGCAUCUGCCACGCCAUUCUGAAGGGCAAGUGGCCCUCCACCAGCCAUUACGAGGCCCACAGUGCUCUGGUCAACACCUGUGUGCCCAACAGUGCCCAACGCGACCCCACGCGACCCGCCUUCAUGCCAGCGCGAGUUCAGCAGCAGCAGCAGCAGCAGGCGCCCACACAGAGCCUUAACUUCAGCCUCCCGCCAGCACCCGUCUCACGCAUGCCCAAGGAGAGACUAAUAUCGCCGCCGUUCCUGCCCGACCUCAAGCAGCCGGGAGUUCGGCCGCGUUUCGAGUUCGAGGCGGAGGCGCUUAGCAAGUCAUGCCACGCGGUAGCGGGCGAGAAGAUCCAGGUGGGCAUCUCGCACCGCGCUGGCGGCCCGCUGCUGCUCAACGGCUGGCAGGACGCCGCCAUGGACCUCUCCAAACCGCCCGGCGAGCUGGGCAUCGCCACGGAAUCUGGCUCCGUAGGUCACAUCACUCACGCGGUCCACACCCCUCCUCCGCCACCCCCCGCUCACCCGCACACCCACCCUCACUCUCACCCUCCACCACCGCCGCAGCCGCACAAGCUGCCCUCGCUGAGCUCCCUGCAAAGCACCCUGGGAUUGGACAUGGCGGGCAUCCUGCAGGCGGGCCUCAUCCACCCCGUCACGGGGCAGAUCGUCAACGGCAGCCUGCGGCGGGACGACUUCAUGAGGCGGCGGAGGGGGCGCAGGAGAAACGUGGAGGCGGGGCCGGACAUCGCCUUCAUGCGUAGCCACCCGCUCAGCAUGCCUGAACAACAGCAGAGGCCCGACAGCAUCAGCCACUCAGCGGUGUCGUCCACCACCACCAGCCAAUCAGAACGCUCCCCUGGUCCCCCGCCUGGUCCUCCUGGGGGGCCCUCCAGUUCUCUUCGACUGCCGCCCCCUCCGCCUCCAGAGAGCCUGGUGGGCAUCGACCGAGAGGCGGCCAGCAAGGGCCUGCUGGAGUGGCUGAGGCAGAACCCCAACUACAUGGACAUCUCACCCUUUGGGGCGUCGCAGAGCGCGGCCAUCUUGCACAGCUUUGUGGAGCGUCCGAAGCAGAGGCGUCACCGCUGCAAGGACCCGACCAAGCUGGACGUGAACUCCCUGACCGGGGAGGAGCGCGUGCCUGUAGUGCACAGGAGCACCGGCCGCCGGCUGGGUGGUGCGAUGGCCCCGGCCAUAAAGGAGCUGUCUCGAUGGCUGGACGCCAACUUGGAGUACUGCGUGGCACCUGACUGGGCCGAAGUGGUCAAGCAUUCGGGUUUCCUUCCGGAAGGCAAGUUUGCCCGUAUCCUGACGGAGCCCGUCAGCCGCGACCCGGGGCCCCGCCGCAGAGGCCGACGUCCCCGCAGCGAGAUGCUGAAAGCGGGGCCCCUCCCCCUCCUCCCGCCCGACACGCCCGCCGGCAUGGGCGCCCUGUUCAUGAACGGCGGCCUGAUCGGCAGCAUGGACCUGGUGAGCCUGCAGCAGGGCCAGCGCAGCGUGUCGGGCAUCCCGCUCGCCGGCCUCAUGGGCUUCCCGCACGGCUUCGCGGCGGUGCCCGCGGGCGCCGCUGGGGGCGGGCCGGGCGACGACGGCAAGAACAACGGCAUCAGCAUGCUACCCAUGAUGCUCCACGGCAUGGCGGCGGUGCAGCCGCCCAUGUUCAGCGUGAGCGGCCUGAUGAGCAGCGGGCCGCAUCCUCAUCCUCCGCAUCCUCCUCCUCCGCCACAUCAUCCCCCGUCCUCCUCCUCCUCUCCCUCCGCCUCGGCCUCUGCCUCUUCUCCAACCCCUACCUCCAUCAUCCAGUCCUCCUUUUCUUCCUCCUCCUCCUCCUCCUCGUCCACAGUCGUCACCUCCUCCUCCUCCACCACCCCGAGCCCCGCGACAGGUGGCGGGCCCAGCCCUGCACCCGCCGACUCCUCCUCCACCACCAACGCGUCUUCAUCCGCCGCCGGUGGCGAGAAGCAGCGCAAGGCGGACGAACGAGGAGCGCCGGCGACAUCGACAUCGACAGGGAAGUCCGGGAGUGGUGGCGGUGGCGUGGUCGUGACGAUGGGAGGUCACGUGAUGACGAGCGCCGCGGCGGCAGUGAGCAGCAGCACGGCCAGCAUUAGCAGCGCGGGCAGCCACCUGACCUUUAACCCCUUCCUGAUCCCCGGCAUGUCGCACGGCCUGCUGUACCCCCACAUGUUCCUGCCGCACGGCAGCAUCAUGGCGCUGCCCGGCAUGCCCCCCUCCCCCUCCCCCUCUCCUGCCUCUGCCACGGCGGCAGACAGCUCGGGCAGCCCCAAGAGGAAGAGGAAGAAGGUGCGGGAGGAGGGAGUGGUAGUGGAUGGGAGUGCAGUGCAUGCUGGGAGGGCAGGGAGCCCUCACGUGGAUAACAGCAGCAGUAGUGGUAGCCUGCUCGCCAGAGGGCCUGCCGAUGUACCUGUAAGUGUUUCUCCGGUGACACUGCAGACAAGGCCGCUGGAAGUCGGACAAACAGGGGCGAUGGUGAACAGCAACAGCGUCGUCCCCUUAGAGGAGGAGGAGGGCAGGAGGAGGGGCGCACCCCCCCUGCAGAGCCAGGAGCCAUCAGACUCACAUGGCAGCAAGGGUCAGGACAAUGGCGGUCGAGAGACCCCUGGCAUCGAGCAGCUCCCACCGGGAGGGAACAUGGUGGUGGUGAGCAGAGAGGAGGAGGAGCAGGGACAGGUGACAGAAAGGGAGCUUGCUGCACAGCAACAGAUGAAGGAGGUGGAGGAGGAGGAGGAAGGGAAAGACGACAAACUGCCCCCCGAGAGCGACGUACGGGAGGAGUGUGGAGGGCUCAUAAGGGAGGAGGGGGAGGAGGGGGGUGAGGGUGGCUCGCAGUGAGAAAAAAAAAACUGCCACCGGCAUCACCUGUGGCGAACGUUUCUUUGUCCCCUCUCAACUGUGCAAUGGAGUUCACUUAGUGAUGUGUCCAUCGGUUUCCAUGUAAAGACUUUUAAGUUAUCCACAUAUUAAUGUUUAUAGAAAAAACUCUUGUCCGUACUGAACGUAAUGUGCUCUCUGGAAAAAAGAAAAAGAAAAACACAAAUACACAAACACACACUCCCCUAUACCCCCCACUCCACUCCACUUCAGCCCACUCCACUCCUCCACCCCCCGCUCCAUGGGAAAGAGAAAAAAAGCAAAUCCGGUAAACGAUGGACUCUUCUUCUGCAUGCAAGCGCGCACAGCUAUCUUGGCAGCGAGUUACGCAGCUGAACCGCAAGCAGUCAUUCUCAUCAUGUCCAUGGCAACAGUGACAGCAGCAGCGAGCGGCGAUAUUGCGCUAUUACGAUUACGGUGCAGUGCCUGCCUGCCUGCCUGCCUGGGGGCCACUGAGUCUAUUGGGAGCUGUAAUGUGGGAGAUGGAGAGCAGAGAGAGAGAGAGAGAGAGAGAGAGAGAGAGAAAGAGAGUAGAAGAGAGGCGUACGAUCGGAUCGCAGAGGGCCAAUGAAGUCAUUGUGGUGCGAUCGAUCCAUGUGGACUGCAUCUCCAUAAGGCUGUGGAGGAGGCGAGGCGAGGAGAGGCCAACCCCUGCCGAUAGCAUUCGACAUGCAGUAGAGUGCAGAACAUGAAAAGAUUUUUUCUUUGGGUCUUUAUUGGAUAGGAUAGUUUGAGAGGAGACGGGAGACGAGCUGGAGACAGAUAUGGGGUAGGGUUGGGAAAUUACCAAGGCCGGAUUCGAACCUGGGUCCCCAUGGGUCCCCAAAUAGGCCAUACAUACGGUAUGGGUGCACUGCGCCACAGUAUACCCCCAGAGCGUGACAUGGUGAGGCACUGGAGUGUUGUCUUAAAGGGACCAGAGAGGUUGCGGUGAUGAAGGAUGGCGUUACGUGUCGAUGGUGUUACAGGGUCAAAAAUAAAUCUCCACUCACUGGCCAUCCUCGUCUCUUCUCUGUGACGGACGGGUCUUGUCUUGCACACAAGGACACAUUAAGAUGAAAAGAGUCCUCUUUGUGCAAUGUUAGUAGCCUUUAGCGGACUGGAGACCUUUUUUUUUUGCUGUCCGACCUAAUUUUAAUCAUGCAGCUGCUAUGUAACAGUACUAUAUGUUUUAACGGUAUAUUAAAAAAGAGCCAACAUUUUAUGAAUGCCUAUACCCAGAGAUUAGAGGUAUUACAGAUUCUACUACAUACUGUACUAUGGGAUACAGCAGAAUACUUGAUUACCAGUAGUUGUGUGUUUAAAAUCAAAGGCAAAGAACAAUCCUGAUUGAACUCUUUGAAUAGCUAAUAGAAAUACAGAUCAUUAGCAAGUCAAAAAAGACUCGGAUUUUUAUCUUUUUAUCCUCAGUCACCCAACCGGGCAGGUGAUUGUGAAUGAAUGUCACCGACAGAUAAGAUGGAUCCAGAACCAGAUCCAUUGUGCCAUGACAGAACUUCAGGUAGAGAGAGAGAGAGAGAGAGAGAGAGGGAUAGAGAAAGGAAGAGAAAGAAUGAUAGAGACCAUAGAUAUUGGUGGAGGUCAGAGUGGGGCAUGAGGAAGCACUCAUUUAGAAAACAAAUGUGGAAAAAUAAAAAGACACAUAACAAAACAGCAACACAAUUAAAGCGGUCCAUCCAUCCCCACCCGUUUGCCCCAAUGUGACGACAAGAGCAGAGAGGCCUGGCAGGACCUCAGGCCAGCGUGAGAGAAAAGAAAACUUACCAGUGGGGAAGGCCUACACCAGUGGUUCCCAACCUUUUUCUCCAGGGACCCAUAGGUUGGGUCCCGACCCAUAGGUUGGGAACCACUGGCCUACACUUCCUACUCAAUCGCAGUAGAAAGGCUCUGGUCUGGCGUUCCCCCCUCAGAUUCAUUUUCAGAUCCUUGUAGAAUAGGUCAUGCUAAGACUUCUGAAAUGAAAAUGUAAAUCUGUUUUUUUUUCUUUCUUUCGCUGUAUAUUGCUGUUACUUUUGUUUACAAAGCACACCACAUAUUCAGUUGUCUUUCCCCCCCCUCAUCUCCACUGUUUUGCACCAAGCUGGGGAAAAUGGCAAACUCUGUACCAGUGUUUCCUGUAUUUCACAUAACUGUACAUUGUAGAUGGUUACAAAGGUAGUUUUUUGUUUUUUUUUUCCUUGCCAGAAUUUCACAACAGGGUCUCUUUUUUUGGGUGUACUUUUUAGACUAGGCUUUUUCGGCCGAAUUACUUCUUGAGUUCACGUUCUUUCUGUUUUUUUUGCACAGUCUUUUUUGGUGAAUGUUUACCUGUAAGUGUAUUCCUGUACUCUUGUCUGUCCGUCUGGCGGUCUGGUCUCUCAUCUUGUUGGUUCUCUUUGUUUUUUCUUUCGGUGAGUGUUUGUGUGGAUGCAUGCGCACGCUUGCACAAGACAUGGCCCAUCAUCAUGGACAUUUUGUUGUUAGACAUGUAAUUAUAUCUUUGUCUCACCUUAAGUCACCUUCAUUCUUCAAGCAUUAUUGUUGCCUUGUCACAUCUCGUGACUCCAUAAUUUAUUUUUGGUUUUAAGUUUGUUUGUUUUUUUUCAGUUAGAUUUUUUUUUCUUAAAUAUAUAUAUAGUAUAUAUAUAUAUAAAUCUUUUUCUUUGCCAAAAUUUCACCAAAUGUGGCACCAUUUCAUGUAUCUUAUGUCAGUUAUGUUAAAUAUACAAUGCCUUAUUUAGUUAGUGUUUUUUAUAUAUGGAUGUUUGUUACAUCUACAUGUUGGAAAGUAUAUAUCAAAGUAUUUUGUGUACGGCUUGAUGGUUUGAAACAGAAAGCCUCCGUGGCCAAUCAUACCCUAUUGAUCGUUAAGUGGGCUUCUUAUGAGAACGGAACGUGCCUCUGAACAGCCUGCAACUCUCCCAAUUCUCAUUUUUAAAUGACGUAUUAUACUCCUGGCCUUAUUUUAAACUCACUCUGAGACGAAUAUGUUACUUACAAGUAUCUCUUUCCCAUGGUAUUGUAGAGAAGAGCCGGAAAAAAAAACUACCAUUCAGAAAAAUCACCAUAAUCAAAAGCACAAUUGUAAUAACAAGGUUGGACAUGAGGGACUGGUGAGUCGUCCUCUUGGUUCCCGUGAGAGGUCCUGGCCCAUAUUUGUUAUGUGGAUGUGAUGAUCAUGUCACUUAUGAUGUAUGUACUGUAGGGUAGUCAUGGAUACCAAUCAUCAUCAUCAGUCGUCACAACGUUUUAACAUGAUUCCUGAUGUUAAUCGACGUCUCUGUUCAAGCCUGUGAUCAGAUUGUUGUCAUUGUAUGGGUGUUUUAACUUGUGAACGGUUUCAUUUGAUCAUGUUGGAGUAAAUUCGAGUUUGUUUUUUUGAUAGUUUUUUUUGUUCACAUGAUGUCACUAAGGGGGCCUUCUGUUGUAUUUCAGAUGCCAUAUAUGAGUCGCGACUAUAGAGAACAAAGGGGCUGUUCAGAAACCUGUUGAUUAGAUGGUGAGUCCAAAGGGUCUUAAAAGCUUGAUCACAAAAUGCCCUGUUGCAGAAAAACAAAAACAAAAAAGAUUUUUUUGAUGCCCAGUUUUUAGGGUCUUCAGAGAAUUCACAUCCCCCCCAAAAAAACAAAACAGAUUUACCACAUGGAGAUGCGGGCAAGUAUUAGUCUGUCAGAAGGACAUCUUGUUUUACCUUUCAUGCAUUCUUGAUAUGAAAAAGCCCUUGUAUUUAGAUUCAGACAUGGCUCAGCUAAAAUAAAAUAAAAAAGUGCAGUAUGGAAGUAUCGUUUUCAAAAUGGUCAUCAUGUCAACCAUCCAUGUUGUUAAACUCACUCCUCCUCCACAACUGCUCCAUAUAUUGGAAGGCAAGACUGAUAUUCAAAAGCUUCUUUUGUUGGUUUGGGUUUUUUUCCCCAUAUAUUUAUUUUACACCACAGAUUUUUGUUUAUUAUUAUUUUAUUUUAUCUACCUGUAUUCAAACUUACUGUAUGCAUAACGGUUGCUGAUUUUUAAAGAUUUUGCUCUCAUCAUGUGCAGUACAGUACUGUUGUUGCCCCCCGCAGUGAAUGUUUAUGAUGACGUUUCUUUUGUUGGUAUGCCCUCAACUGAAGCAGAGGUAGUUUCAGAUUUGCUGGAAGAAAAAACACACACAUACACGCACACGACACAUGCCUCAGAGUAGUGUUGAUACUCUAUGAACAUUACUGGCUGUAACUUUAUAAAUGUCUGUUCUCAAAGUUUUGCCCAAGACUCUUCGGGCAACGUUCUAUUCAGAUAUACUUCUGUCUAUUGAAUAGCAUUUGUAAAAUCUGAAAUCUACAUUCAAAUGUGGAGUUUUGGGUCCAAGGCAUUUAUGGGCAAAGCAAAAUCAAUGAAUCUGGUACACUAAAGUCUUCUUCAUGGAAUAAAUUCGAAGAUGAUAAUUCAGAGGAAGUUUUUAGGAGCUGUAAAUGUUGUGAUCCAAAACGUUGCCGUGUUACACCUGAUAGUCCCAAUACUGUUGGACUGUACUCUCAAUGAAGCAACUGGUGUUCUCUUUUUGUUUGGGAGAAGCCCAUUAUUCUGUGUUUUUUAAACGCACUUUGUUUGUGCAACAGUGUCUGGUUCAGAGAAUUCAAGAAUUGGAACACCUUGGCAUCAUGAGGCCCCAUUUUUAACACUCCGAGGCAGUUGUUUGUUGAGGUUGUCUCGCAAAAAAAAAGAAAAGAAAAGAAAACAAUUGCUGAGCUACAAUUAUUCUGAGAUAUUUGCACGCCGUGGGAGAGAAACAGGGCUCUUACGUACUAGGUGUUCUGCUGUGUUUGUCCUUGCAUGCUUGGACAGGCUGGUAUUGGCCAUAGCAACCACUCCUAACAACACUCGACUCGCACCGCACCGCACCGCACCGCACAUGACAUAACGGACGGCAUAACGCUCAGAUUGGGUGUCUGUAUGCAUGCUUAACAGUUUCUGUUCCUCAGCUGCUUGCGUUUAGGACAGUAGGCUAUAGUCUGCAGCUCAUUCGGUAACUGAAAGGCCAGUGUUCACUAAGUGGAUGUACUGUUCGCUCUUAGUUUCAGCAAACCAAGUGCACUGUAUUAUGGGAGCAUAUGCUAUUGGGGGGAAAAAAAAGAACAGAAAAAAAAAUGUUUUCUGAAAACAGCAACAUGAGAGACGUGGGGUUUUGUUUUUAUUUUUUAUUUUUUAUUGAACUAGCUCCUGUAUUCCCAUGUGGACCAAUCCCAUCAUUCAAAACAUGGUAUGUGAUCUUUUAUUGUGCAAUAAAAGAUGACUUUCAACUUUAA